AAAAAGGAUUUCAGCGUUCCCUCCGGCGGGAAUUUGUUUACUUAUAUUACCCCUCUCCGGUAUGUAUUUACUAUUUACCAUUUAGUUGAGAUAGUCAAUCAGUUACUGGAGAAAACUGGUCAAUAAAGAAUACAAAAAGAAGAAAAACUUCUAAUUCAUAACCGUCACUCGGCCUCUCCAGCAAAAACUAAAAACUCCUAAACCUCGAAGGGACGAGGCCUAAUUUGACCACACCACUUUAAAUACACCAUUAAACGUCUAGUACCCAUUCCUGAACACAGGAACCAGCCCCCGAUGUUACACAGAACGUCCAGCCAUAACAAGACAUAAACACACUAACGCACCCCUGACAUAUAACCACCUUUCCUCCACCAGAUGGGGAUACAGAAACCUAUUGUUGCUUUUGAUCAGCCGAUAUCUCCACAGGAACGUGGAGAAAUUUGAAGCAUCACCGUCCCGAACAUCCUGCCUUGCCUCAGUGCUCGGUGAGAGCAUCAGAGGUGAAACCCCUGUUACCCAAACAAGCUGCCUGAGUAAGAACUGCACUCGUGAGCCUCCAGAUGCUACAUACCCCAUCGCCAUUGCAUACUACUUAAAAGAAUAACAAACCACCCAAAAGCUUUGUCCCUAAAUCUGCAGCUUCAACUUCACCAGUAAUCUCAAGCCUAGUCUGAGCCGUUGUUACCGUCUCCCGCCCUAAGACUCCCCCGUCGGUAGCACAGCAUGGUCCUACUCUUUCGGAAGGACGCCCCCUCCCCUAGCCAGUCGACUCACCUUACCUUUUUCAAACGUAGCUUCCAUUGCACUCCGUUGAUAUCAUCCACGGGAGAGGGUACCCCUGUACUGCUUCAAGCGAUGAACAGCAGCCAACUGCCCUCUUUUUAAUUUGUAUUUUGCCAGUAUGACUCUCGACAACUCAUUCUGCCCCACUUCCACCCGCCAAUCGUAUCAAUCUCCAUUUAUUGUGGACGUGGCCAAUAGAUACCCAUAACUCCUGCAAUUUUUGACUUACUCUCCCAUCCCAUUCAAGGACUGCAAAUGUCCUAACCACGUUGAUUACCAGGAACUUUGCCCUUCUCUCGGCUGACGUUGCCCUGACGUGACGGUUUUUCAUCUUAAUAUAAUUUAAACUCUUUUCUAGAAUUACGAAGGGAGGGCUAAUUUUCAACUCAAAGCUGGCUUGCAUCUCAAUGCUCGUUCUUCAACGCAACAUACCCCCUAAACAAUUACCAUGAAAUUUCGAAAGAGAGUGAAAGAGCAAGGAAGCUCCGCAAGGUAUUUUAUAUUACAUGACAGGAACGUCAGAAGACGCGAGGGAAGUCCAACGUCGACCCAAAAUUAAAAAAUUCGCCUUCCCUUGACAGAUGGCCAACACUCAAAGGGAAGGAGAUUCAAUUACAACAAUCGAAAAAAAAAAUUUCAGCUUCAGGCAGGAGGAAAUGAGUAGCACCUUUGCCAAGCUCUUUUUCUUUCUGUUGCUAUUGCUUUUACCGUCAUCAAAUUGUAGCGCGAUAAGAGAUGGAGAAGAGAAAGUUAACGGGGACGAUCAAUGUAUAAUGCGUUGUAACGCCCGGGGAGUUGCACACCAAAUCCAAUUAAGAUUCAACCAUUCGCAUGGGAAAGUUACUCCCAUAGAUCUGGAUGAGUCUUAUCAAUCUUAUGUGGCCAUGAGGAAUCUGACUUCACAAAAUUUACCAAUUCUUUGUACGGUCACAAAUUAUGAAGCUGCAAUUACCGCUGCAAUAAAUGAGGUUACCAGAAGAACCAAAGCGACCGUACUUUGUGCUCUGCCUGCAAAGGCUAAAUCAAUAAUGGAAAACGAAUCGUCAACGAGUUACAUUUCUCGUCAUAUGUAUGAAAUUACUCGCCAAAUUGCUAGUGUAAUUGGCAAUUACCAGUGGUUGAAGCCUGGGACGUUUGUCGACGAUGAGUCGGACAGGGUUAGUGAUUUAGAAAUCGUCACUUUCAACAUGAAUAGCCAUCCAAAGCAAAAUGCAGGUGGGAUUAUUCAAAUGGCUGCUACUCUAUCAUUUUCGACAUCCCGGCCACUUCAGUAUUAUACUGAGUUAACCAUCGCCGUACCAGUAAGAUCGAUUCCCUGGCAGUUUGCCAACACAAGUCAUGACGAGAACCACAGAGAAACGCAAAUAACAGGGUUUUGGAUUGAUAUCUUUAAAGCAGCUGUUGCAAUGAUGCCAGUCAAUACCACUUACAAACUGGUUCCAUUUUACGGUUCUGAGGAUCAAUUGCUGAAGGAAGUUGCUCACGAGACUUUUGAUGCAGCUGUUGGCUUAACAGUAAUUAAAGAGGAACGGUCCCAGCUUGUAGAAUUCUCAUAUCCCUAUCUUGAAGUAGGACCGGUGAUAGUGAUGAGGAAAGAUAUUGAAUUGAACCAAGUUUUUUCAUUCAUGAGCCCUUUCACCGAUGAGAUGUGGCUUACUUUGGCAUUAAUGACUGUCUUCACUGCUUUUGUUAUUUGCUUAGUUGAACAUAGAACUGGUAAUGAAUCUGGUGGUAACUUGCCUUCUAGACAAGUUGGAGCUUUCUUCUGGUUCUCUUUUGCGACUCUAUUCUACGGAGGACAUAGAGAAUCUGCCAGGAGCAGCUUGACUUAUUUUGUGCUGGCCCCAUGGUUAAUCCUGAUCCUGGUUGUCACUUCAACCUAUACAGCAAGUUUUACUUCCAUGAUAACAAGCUCAGAGACUGAGCCAUCUUAUUUGGAUAUAGAAAAUCUCAAGAUAACAAAUGCUAUUAUCGGUUGUGAUGGAGACUCUAUUAUCUUCCGGUUUAUAGUAGAGGUCUUAGGGUUCCAGCCAAAUAAUAUCAAGAACAUUGCUCAGUCUUCAAUUGAUGAUUAUGCCAAGGCUCUAUCAAGUGGAAAGAUAAAGGCUGCAUUCCUUUUGACGCCUUAUGCCGAUGUUUUCCUUGCAAAAUACUGCAAAGGCUUCACAACGUGGAGGCCAUACCGUAAUCUACGUGGUUCUAUAGUUGUGUUUCCACGGGGUUCUUCUUUAGUUCCAGAGAUGUCAGAGGCGAUGCUUAGAUUAAUAAAGAGCGGAAAAUUCAAGCAAAUGCGGGAAGAAAUGUUAUCUUUUUCGGAUUGUUCAAGUUCAACUAUUGAUGGCACCAUGAAACGAGGAAUAGGACCAGGGCCCUUCUCAGGUUUGUUUAUUUUAUCAGGCCUGGCAUCUGCAAUUGCAAUGUUAAUCACGGUCAUUCGUCAGAUGAAAAUACGUUUGGAGAGCUGCAUUCAGAGAAUGUUGAUGGGUAGAGGACUUUGGGUGUGGCUCACAACUCAGUUUUCUCGGAACCAGAGGAGAAAUGAGCUUCAAAUUCAAUUAUCAAGGAUAAGCUCCCCCUCCCAAACACAAGGAUCAGCGGCUCCUGGUACAUUAUUAUAGUGUCCACUAAACCAUCAAAUUGGCAUAUCAUAAAGGACGGGUUAGAUUUCAUUUCCAUUCACUUUGAUUAGAAUAAUUACAUGAGUAGAUAAGGUGACAUGAGUUGCCACUUGACCUUAAUACAAAUGAUAAAAGGUGGUGUGGAGUUUGUAUCAAAGAUACUAAGUAUAUACUCAUAAUUCUUUUGGUCAAAAAAAAAAACCAUGAAUUUUACUUAAUAAC